AUGGUCCUCAUCCAUGGCGUGUUGCUGCACGGCCGCCUCGAGCUCAGCAUUCUCGAGGCCAAGGACCUCUGGCUUCCCGAGGAGCGCUCGACACGCGAAAAGCUUGCGCGCGCCGUCAUAUGCAAUAGCACCCUCAACCCCUACGUCACCGUAUCGCUGGAGCAUCUGCCCAAGCCGUCCAAGCGCAUUCUCAAGACACAUGCAGUCCCCGCCACGGACCAUCCCGCCUGGAACCAUCGCCAGAGCGUCGACGUCGCCACCAAUGUCUCGUAUCUCAUCGUCCAUGUCAAAUCUGCCGCGGGGCAUGACCCGGCCCAGGCAGCAUGGUAUCCACGAAAGGGUCUCGGAUUUGUUCGCGUCAAGGCGGAGCAUGUAAUCUGGGGUGUCGUCGAUGGUUGGUUUUCACUCGCCGGCUUGCAUGGCAUCAACCAGGAUAGCAAGAGUUCGAAGAAUCGUGGCAGGAUUAGGCUGUCCAUCAAGUACUCGCCCGUCGAUUCCAUGAAGCUCUUCGGCCAGCCUUCGGUCCCCGGUACCUAUUUCUCCGCUGCGGAAAACUGCCACGUCCAGCUUUUUCAGGAUGCUCACUGCCCGCAUGAUGCUGUGCUUCCAAUCCCGGGCAGCAGCGACGAUUUAUUUGAGGUGCCGCCCCUCGGUAGCCCACAUUCGUUAUCGAGAAUCCUGUCGCCGCCGCGACGCAGACGCGUCACAAACUACUUCGAGCAGAUUUAUCACGCAUUGCUCCACGCGCAAAAGCUCAUCUACAUUUGUGGAUGGUCUGUCGAUACGACCUUGCAUCUACUACGGAAGAAGCCAUCUCCUACGUGUGACCUAGAUGGUAGCCCGACAAGCUCCAAUGAUUCACAGCUCACCCUGGGCGAGCUGCUCAAGCACAAGGCCUUGGCGGGUGUCACUGUCUUGCUCAUGGUCUGGGACGAAGUGUUUUCCACUAGCAACGCCAUUAUUCGCAUCAAAGGCCUCAUGGACACCCGCGACGAGAUUACAAAGAAGUUUUUUAGAAACUCCAAGGUGAAGGCGGCUGUCGUGCCGCGCCUGAGCGGCAUUUCUACAAAGGUCAUCAGAGCACCGCUUGUACCCUGCCUGUUUACGUUUCAUGAAAAGCUUGUCAUCACGGAUAUUUCCGCAUACAAUCCCAGCAAGCCAGGCGACAGGGAGCUCGUCGCAUUCUGUGGUGGACUUGACUUGACUUACGGGAGAUGGGACACUCCCAAACAUGCACCGUUCUCGACUUUGGAGAAUGAGCACGCCAACGAUUUCCACAACGGCUGUUUCGACGUCAGUAUUCCUUUGGGACCGCGCCAGCCAUGGCAUGAUGUUGCCGCCAUGAUUACGGGACCCGUCGUUCGACAAUUUGUUCGCUGUUUUGAGGAGCGAUGGCGAAGACAGGGCCUUGGCGCCAACCUCCUCCUCGAUCUCGAUUCUGAUCCGACUUUGAGAGAUGGCACUUUUGUGCAUGAAACGGAGAAGUGGACUGUGCAGGUCUUUCGAUCCAUUGACGAAAGGUCGGCCGUUUUUGACAAGGAGUUUGCUAGAAGGCUGGAGACCAAGAAGGGUAGGAGCAUUGACCGCUCCAUCCACCAUGCGUACGUGCACUAUACACGUGCAGCAAAUAGAUUCAUUUACAUUGAGCAACAAUAUUUUCUCGGAAGCUCAAAUCAAUGGUUGCAUGACGGUCAUAAGGAUGCUACGAACUUGAUUCCCAACGAAAUUGCUUUGAAGAUCAUUCACGGAAUCAUGUCUGGGAAUCACUUCCGGGCCUAUGUCGUUAUACCGAUGUUCCCAGAAGGUGCACCGGCAGAUACUGUGAUUCAAAAGAUCUUGUACUUUCAGAGACGAACGGUGGAAAUGAUGAUGCGAAAGAUUGCAGAUGCCAUAACCCAGGCAGGUCUGCAAGAUGCUCAUCCUUCAGACUUUUUGGCCUUCUUCUGUUUAGGGAACAGAGAGACUCUGGGCGUCAAAGACGAUUCAUCUUCAGACAGAUCGCCAAGCUUCAGCACAGACGGAUCCUUUAAAGAGCCUCAAAGAAUACCGCUGCGUCGACGGGAAACAACAGAAAGCAAGAGUGAUGACAAUAAGUCAGAAACGAGCCGACGUAGACAGGGCUCAAGCUUGUCAAGAAGAUUGUCAUCAUUUCGUCGGAAUGGCCCGCGAACUACGGAUGAAGAAACCUUAGGAAUGAGCAGGAGACAUCCCAUUUACGUUCAUUCGAAACUUUUUAUCGCUGAUGACGAAGUUCUCGUCGCCGGGUCAGCUAACUUGAACGAGAGGAGCAUGUGUGGAGUACGAGACUCAGAAAUUGCAUUCAGUGCAUUUCAGCCAAGCCACAGGUGGAAUCCAGAUGCUAAGCCUGAGGAUAGCUUGCCAAGCGGAGAAGUAGCUCGUUUUCGAAGACGCCUUUGGGCAGAACAUGUGUUAUGCAGUGCGAAACGGAAGUUUCCGGAUGUAUUGGAGGACCCGUCCUCUUUGGGAUGUAUGAGGGAAUUGCAGAGGAUUGGAAGAAGGAAUUGGGAAGACUAUGUGGCCUCGCGUUCCACUGAUAUGAAAUCCCACUUGAUGACGUAUCCCUAUCAAAUUGAAGCGGACGGCACGGUGGGUGCGCUUGUGCCCCACUUUCCAGACACCCGAGCAUCGAUCACAGGGGCCAACGCUGCAGUGAUCCCAAACUUGUUGGUGUCUUGA